AAGUGCGAUCUAGAGCGGGCGGGGAAAGGGGGAGCUGGUUCCUUUAGGGAUUAGGUCCUGAGAGGCUGGUCUCAGAAGUGAGACCGCAUCCUCUUGUCCCUCGCUGAGUCUUUCAGGUCCACGGACUGAGGAAACGUCUCCACCGUCAUGGGAGGCGGAGACCUGAAUCUAAAGAAGAGCUGGCACCCGCAGACCCUUCGAAAUGUGGAGAAAGUGUGGAAGGCAGAGCAGAAACAUGAGGCUGAGCGGAAAAAGAUUGAGGAGCUGCAGCGGGAACUCCGAGAGGAGAGAGCUCGGGAAGAGAUGCAGCGCUAUGCUGAGGAUGUCGGGGCUGUCAAGAAAAAAGAAGAAAAGUUGGAUUGGAUGUACCAGGGUCCUGGUGGGAUGGUAAACCGUGAUGAGUAUCUGCUAGGGCGCCCCAUUGACAAGUAUGUUUUUGAGAAGAUGGAGGAAAAGGAAGCAGGCUGUUCUUCUGAGACAGGACUCCUCCCGGGCUCUAUUUUUGCCCCAUCAGGUGCCAAUUCCCUUCUUGACAUGGCCAGCAAAAUCCGGGAAGACCCUCUCUUCAUUAUCAGGAAGAAAGAGGAGGAGAAAAAAAGAGAGGUACUGAACAACCCUGUGAAAAUGAAGAAAAUCAAAGAGUUGUUGCAAAUGAGUCUGGAGAAAAAGGAGAAGAAGAAAAAGAAGGAGAAGAAAAAGAAGCACAAGAAGCACAAACACAGAAGCUCCAGUAGUGAUGGUUCCAGCAGCGAGGAGGAGCAUCAUCAGGGCCGAUCUCAAAAGAAGAUGGCAAAUUCCUUUCCUGUUUUGUCCAAAGUCCCUGGAUAUGGCUUACAGGUGAGGGACUCUGACCGUAACCAGGGGCUUCAGGGUUCUGUGAUAGCCGAGCAAAGGGGUGUGAAGAACCAUUCCCGCUCAAGAAGCUCCUCCCACUCACCCCCCAGACAUGUCAGCAAGAAGAGCUCCAAGGAAGAGAGGUCCCGGGACAGGAGGUCUCGGUCUCCAAGCAGAAGGUCAUGGUCCCCAAGGCCCAGCAAACCGCAUGCCUCCAAGGUAAACAGGAAAGAGAGAGAUAGCCCAUCACCUAAAAAGGAGGCCUAUCAGAGGCGGCAUGCGUCUGGAUACACCAGAAAACUCUCAGCAGAGGAGCUAGAGCGGAAACGGCAGGAGAUGAUGGAAAACGCCAAGUGGAGGGAGGAGGAGAGGCUCAACACCCUCAAGAGGCACGCCAAGGAAGAUGAACGGGAGCGCAGGCUGGAGAGGCUGGACUCUCGCUCUGGCAAGUUCAUCCAUCGCAUGAAGCUGGAGAGCGCAUCUACUUCCUCCCUGGAGGACCGGGUGAAACGCAACAUCCAUUCUCUACAACGAACAUCAGUAGCUCUGGAGAAGAACUUUAUGAAAAGAUGAAAAACAGUCUCUCUUACUGGUUUCCCUGAGUUCUACAGGGAGGCUGCUGACUCCUUAGAAUUCUCUUUAUAAGAGUUGAAUGGCUUCUUCUACAGAUGAAAAACCACCACUGUUCAAAGUGCCCCUUGUCCAUUGACUCCUGAAACAUGGUACAUUCUUUAAAAACCAAUGGGACUUGAUUGGGGACACUCAGGAACUUUGGCUGGAUGCACUGUAGGAUUUGAUUGUGUUUUUUUUGUUUUGUUUUGUUUUGUUUUGUUUUUUGUUUUGUUUUGUUUUAUGAGAUAGGGUUUCUCUGUAUUGUUUUGGAGGCUGUCGGUCUAGCCCGGCCUCGAACUCACAGAGAUCCGCCUGCCUCUGCCUCCCGAGUGCUGGGAUUAAAGGCGUGUGGCACCAACGCCUGGUGGGAUUUGAUUGUGUUUUAAUGGAUGGGCACUGUGCUGUCCUGGAAGGCUUGGUAGCUUGUCACAAGUUUUCCCUCCCAUCUGAAUGAAUGGAACAGACCUUCCAGACACCUCUCCCCACAGCCACUCAGACAGACUCUGCUUACUGGGACAAAUGAACAUUGACUUUAUUUAGUAAACUUUGUGACAGAAUAGCGAGGUGUCAGGAAGAGCCAAGGGAGUGACAAAAAACUGGAAGAUAAAACAGUACCAAAAAAAGCCCUAAAUGAACUGUUAACUAUUCAGUCUUUGAGAUGUAAUAGUAGAAUGUGUAUAUGUACAAAUGUAUAAUUUUAUAUAUACUUUUAAAAAGCUA